UGUAGUAAUAUUGCCGAUUGAAGAUCUUUAGUAUGCCACAUUUCAGCUCGCGCCAUUUCCCGGAAAUUUUUCACAGCGAAGAUACGUUUAACCAUAUUGUUGCGAAGAUGGCAGCUUAAUUGGCACCACCCGCUCAACCGUGCAAGAAAUUGCACAAUGGCUUCCCUACAUAAUGUCGUUUUCCUACUUGCAUUGGCAACCGUAAAGCCUACUGAUCUACACCAGUAUAGCUACUUUGACUACCUGUAUUACUACCCGGACAAUAAUGAUGGAAAUGGAAGACUUUAUCGGCGAUAUGGCUGCAGAGUGGCAGCUGGACCAGCCGCUCGGACUGACCCUGUUCGAUGACCCCCUGGAGUCGCUCGGAAGGUCCGAGCCAGUAAAACACUGCUCCACGGCACCAGAUGUUGUAGAGCAUGUUUCACAUGAUGAUCGCUGGGAAGAUCCGUUCAGUGAGCAGUGGAUGGAGGACACCGGUUUGGCAGAGUUGUUUGAUGUUAUACCCACUGAACUUGCAACAGUGAAACAGGUGCACCCUUCCAGUGACGAUUACAGUGCAUAUGCCAUCAAUUUGUUAGCAGAAAUCUUGGAGACCAGCGAGACUUCGAGCAAACAGGAACCGGUGUGCAAACCAGAGCCAUCGACGCCACCGCUGGCUGAUGUCGGUAUAGCCCCAGUAAUCUCCUUUGAUACAUCUCAAGACAGUGAAAUAUGUGAGAUUUUCUUGCGAGACAAUUGUGGAGUUUUGGGCUCGCCUCUUUCAGUGGAAGAUGUCGAGAGUUUGCUCUCUGGCUCUGAACCAUCGUCACCAGGCACAUCUGUGCCACCGUCUCCAUCACCAGGCACAUCUGUGCCACCGUCUCUAUCACCAGGCACAUCUGUGCCACCGUCAUCAGUCACAAGACCCAUCUCGGACUUGGAAAAACUGUUAACAUCUGAUAUGCCAAUUUCUGUUCAUCGGGUCAAGAAUUCCACCAGUCGUAAUAUUAGACCAAAAAUUAAAACUGUUUCAGAUACUUGUGACAUUAAUAUGGAAUUUUUAUCAAAGAAAGAAAAAAAGAAAAUUCAGAACAAAAAUGCAGCAAUUCGGUAUCGCAUGAAAAAGAAAGUUGAAUCAGAAACUAUUAAGUCGGAGGAAAAACAAUUGGAAGACAAGAAUACAGGUUUAAGAGACAAAGUUGAUCAGUUGCAAAGAGAAAUUCAGUAUAUGAAAAAUUUGAUGGAUGAAGUGCGCAAUGCUAAACAGCUAAAAUCUGGUUUUUAAUUUGAGGGGGACUUUUUCAUGACUUCAUUGUGUGAAUUGUUUGUGUGUGGGUGUGUGUGUGUGUGAGUGAAAACCAUGUCUGCUCUUCUAGUUUUUGACUUCUAUUUUCUGCUAUUUUGCAUAUCUGGCUGAAAAUGGCAACAUGUUUCACAAGAAAAUUAUAAAUGCGAUGAAUAUAAUGUACCUAUGUUGCUUGUGAAACAUUGUUUAAACUGAAGUGAGUGCGUGUAACUUGAUUGUGUGGUAAAUUCAUUACACAUUUACAGAUAUAUUCAUAUUUCAUCAGAUUCAUGACUCGUGAGGGUUUAUUUAUUUCCCUAUAGCAUGUGAAUUUAUAUGGUAUCCAUUUGGAAUAUAUCAAUUGGCUUAAAUUGGGGAGAGCCAUUGAUCACUCCUUUAUUAUUUUUUGGAAGGGGUACAUAUGCAUACGUACAUUAUACAGGUACUUUGACACAAGUUUCGGAAUAUUCUCUGAUUUUCUGUUUUGGAUUGGUCAAUUCUAGAUUUUAAAAACUUAACAAAACUGUCAAUGACUGAUGUUUUUUAUUUAUUUUAAAAAAGAAAGAGAAAAAAAGACUGUUUUGGAAAUGUCCCUUUCAGCCAAGUUGCUGUGAAUAACCUUGAACCAUUUUUGAACACCAUUGGUGAUGAACACUUCUGCUGCAUUUAAAAAAAAUGCUUAAUUUUAUUCAUAUUGCAGCCAGUGGUUCUUUAUUGGAAUUCUAGUAAUUGUUUAGCUAUGGUAUGCAAGUGUACAUGCGUAUCAACGUUCAGAUUCAGGGCUUCUAGAAUUUUUAUAAAAUCGACUAGCCAUGGGAUCAGUUGUUUACAAAAUUUACUAGCCACAAUUAAAAAUUCACUAGCCCUACUUUACAUUAAGUUAAUACAUGAUACAAUUUUAUUAAUACAUGAUACAAUUUUACUAAAUAAUAGUAAUAAUAGUAAUUAUUAGACCUGUCUGAAAACAGUUCACUAGCUGUCUGGCAUGGCAGUAGUAGUUAUUUACUAGCCCAACAUUCAAUAUCGCUAGCCAUGAAUGGGGCUACCAUAAUCUAGAAGCCCCGAGAUGUGCAUAUCUGUCUAAAGUUUAUUAUUUCCACAAAUGUAACAUUUCUUUUGUCUAAUGCACCCUCCCCCAUUUAUUUUUCCUAACGAAUCUAUACCGGAAUUUCCCCAAUUGUUGAUUGGUGAGGAUGGCUGAUUUGGGUGAACACAUUGAAGGGGUUGUAUUUAAUAAGUGGAUUAGAUUAAUAUUCGAGUUUGUUUUUGAGCAAAUAGUGCUAAUACAUGUAUUAUUAUUUUUUUAAAGUAUAUAAAAUUCUAUAUAGUCUCGUCAGUAUUUUGUUGAUGUUGCUUGUAUAUAUACGUGUGUGUGUGUGUAUAUAUAUAUAUAUAAAAACAUUGUAGUAAUUUGUGAAUAAAUUGCUAGGGUGUUCAUAUUUA